UGCGCCCCGCAAGAGGAGAGCGCAGCUAUUUUGAAUGUGACCCCUCAUUCAGGCAGCGGCUCUGCAGCUGUCAGGAACCAUGACUGAAGAUGACGGAUUCUGUUGUCGUGGAGGGAUAUGCCAGACUCCGAGACGGGAAAAAGUGGAAAACUAGGUGGAUCGUACUUCGCAAACCGUCGCCUGUAGCAGAUUGCCUCGUGUUGCUGAUUUUUAAAGACAAAUCAGACAAGUUUCAGGGGAACAAGGAGAGGGCGAGCGUCACCUUGGAGGAAAUCUGCGGUUUGGAAGCUGGACAGUGGUAUGAGGGUGUGGCUUUUACUCUGACCAUCCUCUGCUUGAAUCAGGCUGCUCUGCUGGGCUUUGACAGCAGGGAGGCCCUGCAGGCGUGGGACGCCCGCCUGCGAUACAGCCUAGGAGAGGUUCACAGAUUCAGUGUUGGAGUCUUACCAGGGACCAAGUUGGAGAGCGGGCCUGCAACUCUCCAUUUGUGCAACAAUUUGUUAGCUCUUGCUCGGGAUGUCCCUCCUGUUAUUAUUGGCCACUGGAACCUUCCAGACCUGCGUAGAUAUGGACCUGUACCAAAUGGAUUUGUGUUUGAGGGAGGAACAAGAUGCGGCUACUGGGCUGGCGUUUUUCUGCUCACAUCUGCUGAGAGCGAGCAGAUCAGCUUUCUAUUCGACUGCAUCGUUAGAGGCAUCUCCCCCACCCGAGGCCCUUUUGGACUGCGGCCCAUUUUGCCAGAUCCCAGUGCCAGCCAGACUACUUCAGAGGAAAAGCUGAACCUUGAGGCCCAGGAGCUAGAAAAACGACUGAGCAUGCUGUCUCACGGGAGUGGCACAGUCUCAUCCACUUACUGCCCGUCUGCUGGGGGCGACGACCGCAGCAUAUCUGGUUCUUCUGACACUUCAGACACCAGCCACUCAGACUGCAGUGUUGGCAGCCGGCUGGCCAUUUGGACCGAACCAGCUUCUAACCACCCUGAAAACGUCAGCCACGCAGGCACCAAACUGGCACUGCAGAUUGGCGAUAAGCUUUCGGCCAACCAGGGAGGUGCACACCGGCCUGCGGCCAAGCUGCCCCGGCAACUUCAGGAAAUCGGUCGUCAGAGCUCAUCAGACAGUGGCAUCGCCACUGGAAGCCAUUCCUCGUACACUGGUAGCUUCUCCUCCUACACAGGCAGUCUGGAUAUGACCCCUGGAGAGGACUUUGGUUCUUUUUUAAGCUUGCCUCCACAUUUGGCACAAGACCUGAGCCCUUGCACUUGCCCUGCUCUUCCUGGGCAUGAGUACCAGGUGCCAACAUCACUUAGGUACGUCUAUGACACUCCUCGGAGUCUGUUACAGGAAGCAGGUGGAGGUGUCAAAGAAAAUGAAGCCUCCACCUCCACUAAAGACCCUUCAGUCCUUUUAGGCCUCACAGCAGAGGCAGCACAACAGGACCAGAGCUGUGGUACAACCCCAGAGGGUCACUCAGAAGCUACUGAAAGUCCAUCAAUCAGUGAACGCUUACAGGGCCUUUCAGUGGCGAGUAAGAAAACCAAGGUGGCACCCUCUAGUGACUCCUGUAAUACCUGCACCUCCCUCACUUCUGUCUCCAAAACCAUCGUGACCAUCUGCUCUGUUUGCGGUGGAUUUAAGGGGACUCCAUACAUCCCUAGUAGUUCUUCAGUGAUACCCGCAAUACCAGAACAUCUUAUUUUCAAUCCAGCAGAUCAAAGUGUUGACAAAUCACCAUUCAGACCCAGUACCAGUGAAUGCACUAUUGCAGAGAUGGAAAUUCAGGAGAUCUCUCCUGGCUCUGAAAUCGUCCACACUGCUUGGAUGCCAACUGUGACGAUGAGUGAGGAGUCACCGCUGUCAAAAAAAGGAAGAGAGAAAUUAGCCUGUCUUUUAGCUGAUCUGCUCGGCUUUCCAAGCACAGAUAGCCAGCCAGAGGCAAAGACACACAAAUUGAACCCGUAUGAGUCAAUGAGCCCUGCUUUGGGUAAUGAGCUCAAUUUGGCACCGGCAGUACCAUUACAAGACUCACAGCAAGAGAAAAGAGCUGUCAUUUAUGAAAACUGUUUGAAGUGUCAAGGAGAGCGCUGCCAGCCUCCACCACAGGCCCCGCCUGCUAAAAAGGGCCACAACAGGAACGUUUCCACUUUAAAAACCUUCCCGAUUUGGCUGCACCUGAAGAAAAGCCAAGAACAUCCUGCUAAUGAGGAGUUACAUUACCCAGCCCUGAAUGAUUCAUCACAGAGAGUGGAUGGGCAGUGUCAGUACAAAGAGAUGAAUGGUCCGACAGUAAGCAGUGAAGACAAAAGGCUUUGUAGUAAAGAGGAAAGACGCAGAGCCGAUCCUGCUUAUGAGAUCAUGGAGAGUCGGAUGCCGGAGAGGAACCUGGAGGCACAGGAAAAACACAAGUAUGAACUAAUGGGCAGCUAUGGCCAGCAGAGGUUUCUUCAAGAGACUGAAGGGGCCGUGUUUGUGUUCCCUCCAGAGGCUCCGCUUCCUGAAAGACCUCGGAGUGAAGGUGUGACGUACGUGAAUAUUCCUGUUAGCCCCACGUCCAAGAAGCAGCUCAACUACAUGGAGCUGGAGCUGCAGGAGCCUGCGCACAGCGCUAGAGCGGCUGCCGCACAUCUGCCAGCUCAAAGAAAGAGUUCCACCAAGUACGCACAGAUUGACAUCACUGCCACAGAGACGGCUCACAAAGUCGGCACGUUACAUGCUCUGGGUCGGCAGGAGGGCCUGCACACUCUGGAGCUGAGAAGAAAGGGGACGCCACAUUGACUUUUCUUUCACUGAAACGUUGAUCUCAGCAGGAAUUUUUUUCCCCGCAACAGCAGAACUACAACAUCAGACUGUAAAGUCUGCAAGAGACGUGGCUCUGAGGGACUUACUGUUGGAUUCCUUCUCUGUUCUGUUCCAUCUCUGAAGCUGCUUCAGCCACUUUACAUGUGCCAGAAUCCCAGAAAAAUAUAUUCUGCCCAGUGUCUACUUUAGAGAUUGAGACUGUAAUCACAAAGGAGCUUGAAAAUGGAGCUCCCUUCGAAAGGUUUCGCUCUUCAUCAUGGGCAGCAUUUUUUUUUGUGUGUAGAUGUCUCAUUAAAUGGCAUUAUGAUGUUCCUCAGGCCUAAGGCUAUCUAGAAUGAAGAUGUACAAACCCUGGGCUGAGUCACGGACCCCGAUAAUACCCCAGAGCAAAGGCAUUUCACAGCUCACUCGGGCCAUCCCUAAUUAUGUGCUGUUGUGUCCUUGUUUGGGUGAAAGAGGUAGGGUCUGGGCAAGAAAGGAAGCAGAAACAGUGUUUGUUCUAACAAGGAGUUGACGCUCAUUUAUUCCUCGGUGAUCUGUAAUUCCAUAUGUUGUUGCACGUAACUCUUUCUGCAUUUCAAAUUUAGGAUAACUUUUCCAUCCAGUCUUACUCACAAUGAUGCAAAAUUCAGACUAGCUUGCUGUGCAAAAAAAUAAAUAAAAGAUUUUUUGUUUAAAAGUAGCAUAAGUAAUGGCUCUGCAUAACACUUCCACUCUGUGCAUGGUGACUCUUGUUAGCCUGGUUGUAAGUAAUGGGGAGAAUGUUGAUGGCUGCUGUGCAUUUUCUUUUUUCUUUUCUCACUUCCCGGUUCAUAUAGAAUGGGAUUUAAUGUGGGAGUCUUCAUAAAUAAUGCAAAGCUGAGAAGAACCACUUUUGAAAUUCACAUGGAGAUUUCUUUCUUUUCUUUUUUAAAUCAGUGGCUGUUUUUGUCAAAAUUAUGUGCUAACAAAAAGUUGUUUUUUCUUUUUCUAAUUGCCUCCCUGAAGCUGUUGGCAUUUUUAUUAUUCCAUAUUGUGUGUGUCUGUGUGUGCAUAGUUAUGAAAAACGUAUGUAUUUUUUUUUUUUUAGUGCUACCCAUCUUGGUGGAUCCCAUAUUGUUUUUGUUUCAUGGUCUACUCAGAUACCACUGUUCUGAUUUACUGUAAAUACAUUUUCUUUCUAUCUAGGUGAUGUGGAUUGUCACAAAAUGUGAAGGAGUUUCUGUACAGUAAACUUGUAUGGAAAGAGUUCAAGGAGAGUGCCUGCUUCCUAAGGAACUAUUUUUUUUUCACAUAAUACUAUUUUUU